GCGUUAAUCAACGGCAACUCCGGUUCAAGCGUACCGGGCGGAAAGCCGUUCCGCUGCCGCACUACCGGAAGUACCAGCUGUAUGGAUGUGUCAGAGUUGAAAUCGACAAAGUUGAGAUAAUUUGUCAUGCAUAAAACGGAUGCACCAAGUUGGAACCCAGUUUCCAAGUGGCGCAAGACAAAUUUCGGUGGUCCCUACAUCCAGUUUGUCAUGCUGUUUAGGCAAAGAGGAGUGAUUUUCUCAUGCUACUUCAGCAGCUCGGACUGUAACCCCAAACAGGCUUACAAUCGGCCUCACUUGCCUGCUCUGCAACACACGUACCUCGGGCCAUGCAUUUUGUGCAUGACAAAUUAUUUCAACUUUGUCGAUUUCAAACCUGACGCUUCCAUAAGCUGCCCGAGGGCGGGGUGCACGAGGUGAGUCUCAAGUAUCCUGCGUAAAAACGUCGCCAGCCCAAAGUUGUCAUGCAAAUCUGCAGGUCUACAACAUUUACAUUUCUCAUGCGCAGCCCCAUGGGGAUGCUUGCUGGGACUCUGUCAUGCUUGAAUCAGGAUGAGGUAGUUGUUUUUUUGUGAUCGGGUUGCACUAGCUAAAUAGGAUAAUACGGCUCUGCGAACCUAAACUUGUCAUGCGCGACAGCCAAAACUUGUGGAUUUGUGUAGCAGAUGACUCCACAUAGUAACUGCGGGCUUGGGAACACGUUUUUCCCUAGGAUAUCAAAGUGCCACAGACCAGCGUGGAGGACGUUGAAAAGCAGCUAGCUCUGGACAAGAACACGUAUCCUGUGAAAAAGUAUCGUGCUCGUAGUAAUUGCAAACAUGAACUGCAAAUCUUGUUCUUAAGCUUAAUCCGCAUCACAAAUUUUGUUUCUCAUGCCGGUGAGGAAAUGCAUAAUUUAUGCGAGUGCGAUACUUUUGCAAUGCAAAUGCAUAACACGCCCUGUGCGGCAUUACCCGGCCUAGAAGAUGGCGUCCCUGGUGUCGUCGAAUUCGAAACAGGUCGUUGUACAACUCCUGCGCAGCUGGCACUGGAAGUUGCUCCUGCUGCACCCCCACCAGAUGAGAUGUUAACCCACGGUGAACUAGAACUACCGCAUGCAGCAGAAGUCGGGGAAGUUGUCAUGACAUCGUCUGCUCCAGCAUCUUAUGGAUUGUAAAAAUGUCUGGGUCUGGAAGGUUGGAACUUGUAACGCUAGCUUUCCAUACCUAGAAAAUCUGUAUUGCAUAACCAACAAAAGUCGCAGCCUCUUUUGUCAUGCAAAAACGCAGCUUCUCAUGCGGAUUGCCUAUGAGAGAGCGUUUUGGGAAGUUCUCAUGCCGGACUGCAUUCGGAAGUGUCUUCAUCAUGCACAUUUUAGCAUCACAAGUUUCCAGACCCAGACAUUUUUGCAUUUGAUACAUCUCCGGACACCAGCUCCAGCGCUGGUUCGUCCCACAACUCCGGCGCCGGCACCUCCGGCAGAAGUGCCACUGCGCCCUCGACGUCAGUCUUGGACAAGACUAAGAAUUUAUGCUCCACAACAUCCGAGGCUGCCGCCGCGACGCCGAUUGACGACACAGCACCAGCAGCAGCUGGUCUUGAUGUCCCACCUGCAUCUGCUUGUUGUACUAGCGGCUCUGUUUGUUCACCAUCAUCUGGCACUUCGACCACGUCCACGUGCGCCACCUCCAUCGCGAAAAAUUCUCUUGCAUCAUAUCAAAAUGAAAAAUCCCCCAUCCCAUACUCAAACUGGAAAUUUGUGAUGCUGAUUUGUGACCACAAACCAUGUUGUCAUGCUAGAAGGGAAAUAAAGAUCCGGACUCUAGUGCUGGCUGGCGUAGGAAGGCCUUGCAUGUUUAGCAUGACAGGAGGCAACUGGAAGUAGGAAACAGCAUGACGAAUUGCCUGCAAACAAGGCAACAACUGCGUCUCGUCUUGCCAUUGUAGCAAUACAAACCAAUGCAAAUCCAACAUCACAAAUUUCCUGUCCGAUAUGGGGAGGGGGGAUCUUUUUCUCACAAUAGAUCAGGGCCGUCGGCGACGUCCUCGCAGGAGGAUCUUCUUUCAUUGCAUCGACAGAAGAUCAUGAUCUCCAAACGUCGUGAACAAGACAAGCUGGUUAUCCUGAGUAAAAAUGUCCCCACACCAUAGUCAAGAUGGGGAAUCGGCUAGACAAAUCCACAAGUUUUGGCUGUUUUGCAUCACAAAUUUGGAUUCGUAGUGUAGUGCUGUUUCAGCUAGCUCAGCAGCAUCACAGACCUAGCAUACCAUGCUGAUUGGAGCAUGACAAAUUGCAAAACGCGACUUCUAGAAACUGCUUCUCAUGAGGCUCCGCAUGAGAAACAUUUUCAGCAUGCAGAUUUGCAUUACAAAAAAUGGGGUGGGGACGUUUUCAAAUAGGAUACUGGUGCACUUAAUCACCGAAACCGUCCCGUUCAAGCGCCGUAUGAACUGCAAAAGUAUCGUACUCGUACUAAUCGCAGUCAUGCAACACAAAUUUCUUUUUCAAGGUAAAUCAGCAUGACAAAUUCCAUUUCUCAUGCUGAGCUAAUUUGUAAUGCGAUUACUACUAGUACGAUACUUUUGCAAUUCAUACGCCGGGGGAGGGAACAAACUUUUCUCCGCCACAUCAGCAAGCGAAUUUUAAAGCAGCUAACACCAGUAAGAGCUGCUCCAAGCGGCCACGAUAAUGUCGCUUAUUUGGACAACAAAUUUUUCCUAACAUUACCACCUACGGACUGCGUGAAGAUACUCCUCGCUUUUGGCACGUUGACGAGGAAAAAGCGCGCCCGGGAGCUGCUGUUCUAUGGCGUUCUCAACUGUUACAUGAUUUGUCAUGCAAAUUUACCACCAAGGUCGCUGUGAUUAAGCUACUUCGCAUGACAAAUAUCCGAAGGGCUAAACCGCAUCUAAAUCUUUGCCGAAUCUGUAAUGCAAACGGCGCAAUCUUCCCCCUUUCACUUUCGCCGUUCUUGCAUUACAAAUGCAUGAAAUGUAACAUUUGAGAACGCCAUAUGUUCUUCGACGCUGAACUAUAUUUCCGGUUGUUUUGUCGUAUAGGAGAAAAGCCAAACGAGGUGCACAGCGCGGCUUUUCUACCCCUCCUUUCCGCCGGAGCGAAGGUUCUCUGCACGGCGAAACUGAUCGAAAAAAGUCUGGCGUCUGCGACAACUGGAAACCAUCAAACUCAACAUCUGCGACAUCAGCGGAAAAUGAACCAUAUGAAUUGCAAAAGUAUCGUACUCGUAUAAAUGCAUGACAAAUUUGUUCAGCAUGAGAAAUGAAAUUUGUAAUGCGUAUGUACCUCGACCUCGAGAAAAAAAUUUGUAAUGCAUGACUGCAAUUACUACGAGUGCGAUACUUUUGCACAGGAUAAACCACACCAGGCACACAACUGGCAUACGGGAAAUACCUCUACUUCCGAGAGCUGCGAGACGGUCGAUCUUCAAGAAGAAAGGGGCGCUCUUUGUGGCGUACCAUGCGGCAGCGCAUCAGAAAGCUACUUCGAACGGCCCCCACGCCCGGUCACCAACAUCGAGACCUGUUGAGGCGAGCAGCUCUCGCGAACAGAGUUCCGGGCUGCUCCAGGUAGACAACAACAGUGACCGCGACACAGUCUCCUGCAACGCCGAACCUCACGAACGGAACAGCAACAGUCAUGUUAGUAUUAUCCAAGUAGAACUAGAUGAGCAAAAUCAAAGAAUACUAUCCCCUGAGCGGCAGCUGCGGCUCCAGGUGGUGAAAACGCUGAAGCAGCUCUGUUACCAAUUUUCGGAAGAUCACGUUGCCUUGCAGCUGCUGCACCAGAAUCGUGCUUGUCCCGGGGGUUUGACUAGUUCUAGCAGCAGCACUUAUCAAAUGCUGCAAAAGUUGUACUAUCGUACUCGUAAAAAUCGCAUGACCACAAAUUUUCUCAGCACGGGAAAGGAAAUUCGUAAAUGCGGAUUUACCUUGAUGAGAAAGAGAUUAUCAUAAAUGCAUGAAUGCGAUUAGAAGUACAACCAGUGCGAUACUUCUUGUUUUGCAAUGCAUAGUACCAUCACCGAAACAAUUUCCCUGCUCGCCGCCCUAUUUCCCAACCAGGGACACCACUGCCGACAGCUUCAGCCCUUGUUGCAAACCCUAGCGGGCUUCACCCAAAUGCAGGCCAAUCGCUAUUGCGAAGACGACUACGCGCGACUCGCACGGGGGUUUGCGCAGUUGGGCUAUCCAAGCCGGGACUUUUUUAACAAUUGCCUGCUGAACCAGUACAAUAUGCAGUGCAAAAGCAUCGCACUCGUAUAAAUGCAUUACAAAUUUCCUCAGCAUGAGAGAUAAAAUUUGUAAUGCGGAUUUGCCUUAAGAAAAAGAUUUGUAAUGCAAGACAUGCAUUUAUACGAACACGAUACUUUUGCACAGGAUAUACAAUUUCCGGAAGCGAAUUCACGAACUGAAGCACUGGAAUCUCGUAUUACAGUGAAAAAUGCCUCCAAAGUUGCAACAAUUUGUGAUGCGAGGUUUCCAAAUGAAAACUUUUUGUCAUGCAAGAAAGCGAAAUGAGUAUGAAUCUUUCUGAUGCAGAGUCUAGGCGUAUAUAGCAUUGCUUGCAUGACCAGCGCCGUUCUUGCUGGGAUCUUUUGCAAUACAGAUCUUUGCUAAAAAUCACGAUUGCAAAUCUGUGAUGCUGAUAGAUGCAAGAGGGCGAGUGUUUCAUGUGGAAAUGCUUGCAAUACAAAUGCCCCCAAGCUGUGGGGUGGGGGCAUCUUUCGUUGUAAUAUCUCGUCGACAUUGGAGAGAGCAUCGCGAAGCUGUUUUACAGAGAUGGUGGAAUUGGGGCGGGGCGGGAAGGAAGUGCUCUUCUUAGUAGCGGAGGCAGCUCAACUGGUAUUUUUUGAGGUUGAUUUAUACUACAUCACAAAUAGCUGUGGUAGCAAUUCUUUCUUCGGAAAGCUAGACGUGACAGCGACCACGAUGGUCCACUUUCAUUUGAACAACUACUUACCCGCAGGUACUGGCUUCGCUCCUGUAGAUCCUUUGGCCGCAUCGAAUGCGAUAUUUGACGGCCAGAACUCCUUGCACAACAAGAACUCGCCAAUACCUUACAAUACCAGCGAGUACCAAUGUAUCCUGUGCAAAAGCAUCGUACUCGUAGUAAUCGCAAUCAUGCAUUACAACUCUUUUUAUUAAGGUAAAUCCGCAUUACCUAAUGCUGAGCGAAUUUGUGUUGCAAUUACUACUAGUACGAUACUUUUGCAGUUCAUACAAUUCCUGGUAACCCCAGCAGAAUUCCAACAAAGCCACUCCGACCUGGCGGAGCGCAUCGGCUGCGAGCUCUACCAGUACGUAACCGCCAGAGACCGCCCGCUGCGCGGAUCCUACCCGGCCCGGGCGUUGCGCCUUAUGGAUGUGUCAGAAUCGAAAUCGACAAAAUCGAAAAAUCUGUAAUGCAUAAAAUGUAGGGCACGCAAUGCCUGUGUUGGGGAGCAGGCAAAUGAGACCGGUUGCAAGCCUGUUUGGGGGAAGACGAUGCGCUGCCAGAGUAGCCUGACAGGAGCAGUGUUCUUUGCCCAAUCGCCAUGACAGACUGGAUUUUGGUGCUCCCGAAAUUUGUCAUGCGCCACUUGGAAACUGAGGCUCCAAGUGGUAUCGAUUUUAUGCAUCGCAAAGCACUGCGAUUUUGUUGAUUUCGAUUCUGACACUUCCAUACGCCUGCUGAGCGACUUGCAGGUUGGGGACGAGCGCACGGUACGCGGGUUAGUUCUAUGAGAGUGCACAACUCCCGCCCCUUCCCCUCAUUUGUAAUGCAAAAAAGCCAAACCCUGUCUAAGUCUUUUGGCUGUGCUUGCAUGACAAGUUCUGGUGGAAGCCCAAACUGCACUAUGCUCCGUGCGUGGAUUUGUAAUGCAGAGACUGCAUUUUUGAGGUGGUUUCUGUUGCUGGAGAUGCACUACAAAUGAGGGGGAGGGGGAGCUGUGCACUGUCAUAAGUGCGGCUGGUCCCCCGGAAGGUGCAGACGUACAAGACAACUUUACUCUGCGAUUUGAUGAUCAGUUGCGCCAACCUCGGUAUGAAGCGGGAGACGGUUUACCACAGGAUCACGGGAGAAAGGUUCUACCGGAUGUGUGCGCUAGUGCUGUGCCGGAAGGACAGCAUUGUGAUGGCGGAACUACCGAUGAAACUGCUGUUGAGAGUCGUUUCGAGCAUCGCCGUGAAAGCGGACUACUACGAAUAUCCGGUGUAAAAACCCCAAGAUGGAAAUUCUGCAACACAGAUCCAGAAGUUUUGGGAGUCACGCAUGCAGAAAUUUCGAUUGUUGCUGCGAUGGAAUGUAGUUUUGGUAUAAAACAGCUGCUGCGAUCGGUUGCUGUUUUAGUUGGAUUGUUUGGACAUUCCAUCGCGCGCCGCGUUCAAAUGUGGUUUUCCCCUUCAAAAAAAACCUUUCGAUGUCGUUUUCGUUCAAAGUGAUUGCUGAAAAAGUGCAAUACUGCUCGCAAUUUGAAUUGUUUUUCAUCAUUUCAAAACGCACAAAAACGCAUGAAAAAGUCGCCAGGAUUACAUCCGAACUGGCCUUAUGACCAUGCUGAAAAAGCCGCCUGGCUUUCUUGAAAAACACCAGCAGCAACGGCUCCCCGUAUCUCUCGUAGGGCGCGCAGCCCCCUCUUGUUUCCUGGAGGACGUAGGGCCCCCGCCUGCGCGCGCCCUUGUGCGCCCUAUUUUUGCGCCACUGCGCGCCUCGCUUGCGUCGGAGCCAGUUUGGUCGCGCGGUGCCUGCUGCAAUUCUGUGGCCUUGGGAUUCAGUGCUCCCCCAUUCCUCUUCGAAAAUGCGCGCGCUCGUCCGUGUAUUGCGAGGCCCCCGCGCCGGGCGCGAUCGUGCUUUUUGUUAUUUCGGGGGCCGGCGCUGUUGUCGUCUGGUUUUUUUUUCGGGCGCCAGGCCCGCCGUCGCGCUGAGCAUCGAAAGCGCACAGGCCACCGAGCACGGGGAACGAACGGACGCGCGGCGAAAGCGCAGACCUCCGCGCCCUUCCCCCCCCCUCCCCCGUAAUAUCGCUUUGCCCUUCGCCCCACCGAAGCAAACUAGCUCCACUGACCGCAGCCGCCCUGCUUCUCGUGCGUCCAAACUUACUAGCUCGUCGCCGAUUUCCGCCCCUCUCUUGCCGUGGUAGCAGGGAGCGCUCCCCCGUAGCUAUUGCUAUUCUCUAUAGGGGCUGGCUUUCCCCUCCACGUUAUCUUCUUUCGCCUUGGGCGCAUCCAUUAAAAUAAGAGCUAGCGCACGCUUUUGCUGGCUUCGCGCUCUUCUUUUCGCGCUCGCAUUUAAUAAAGGCCAAGGUGCGCCGGCGCCGCUGUUGCAAGCAUCGUGGGUGUAGCCAUUUGCGCCAGCAAUGCGCUUUUUCCUUAGACCAUUGCAUUGCUGGUUUUGCUUCGAUUUAUUUUGUUUUUUGCGCUGCGUGCGUUUCUUUACAUUUUAUUUUGCGUGAAGCACCUUCUUUUAAGUUCUUUCGCCCAUUUUCCAAAGUUAGCUUUUGUUGCGACAGCGGGGAAGCCCUUCCGUUGAUAUCGUGACUUGCUCUCUUUUUUGCGUGCGCGCAAGAAAAUAACCACACCACAUCGGGGCAACUACGAGUGACCGUUGCUAGCAAUUCAUUUCUCCCGUAGACCAUUGCAUUGCUGUUUUUCCUUGGAUUGUUCUUUUUCCGGCGAUCGAAUGUUUUGCGCAAUCCAUCGGCUUGGAGAGAUGUGAGUUGUUUUUUCGGGUUCGGAUGUUCUGCUUUGCUUUCACAGGGAAAAGGGCACGGCAUUGCUUUGCUUUUGCUUUUGCGAUGCUUGCGUGCAAAAAUCCUGUCGCAGUAUAUUUUCAACAUUUCGUAGUGAUGCUCAACAUCUCAACCAGCAACAACAUUCCAACGUACUGCACGCAUGACAAGUUUUUCUCUGUACUGUAAUGCGGGUUAGCAAGGACAACCGCAUCACAAAGCCAUCCUGGUAUCCUGUUUACAGCAUCACAAAUUUUUGCAUAACAUGAUUGAAAAUGCCUCUCAACAUGGGGACGCGCAUGACAAGUCUUCCUGUGGUUGUAAUUCUGCAUGACAAUCUUGGGGUGGGGACGUUUUUACACAGGAUAACGAACCGGAGUUGUUUCAGAAGGUGGAGCAACGGGCUUUGUCUCCCUCCUGCUCUGCCUUAUCAAAUGCAAAUAUGUUUGGGUCUAGAAGAUUGCUAGGUUUGUCAUGCAUAUUUUGCAUAACCCGCGAUGCCUGUAAUGCAUGGCCUUCUAGCAUCACAGAUUUUGAGAGGGCUUUCUGAUGCGUAUUUUGCAUGACAAAUGCCCUCGUCUGCGCGUAGCACAAACUGGACUCCUUUUGCUGGUCAUGCAAUACAGAUUUUUUUAGAAUCCAGAGACAGCAUCACAAGCUGCAGUCUUCCCGACCAAGACAUAAGUAUUUGCAACGCAUAUGCCUCUUUGGACGACAUGAUCCAGCUUUGCGCGGAUUUUGUCCACAGCGGUUACUACUUUAACCGGAGAAGGUUCCUGCAAGGAUUAGAUCGAGCGAUUCGGCGAAACAAGAAGCGCAGAACCCGCGAAACAGAAGACUCCGAUCCGCCCGAUAUUGAGCCCAGUUGGGGGGACUGGAAGGUGCGGAGGUUGGUCCGGAAUAGCUGCCUGUAUCGGUACGGAUCGAGACGAAGUAGGGGUAUGACGCCUACAUCUUCGGCCGCGUCGCAAGAUGAAUACUACACCAAUUCUGUGUUCUUGUCGCAGUCCGGAAGCAGCACGAGCAUGAUGUCAACCUUCCCGCUCCUGGCGAAAAUUAAGGGCACAAUGUUGCAACUGCUUCGGAGUCAAAGACAAUGCGAGGCGCAACCACUACGGGCAUUAUUAUAUCAUCGCCAAAAUAAAUCGACCGCUCCUAUUUUUCCUGAAGCGGAAAAUCACCUCCCGCAUGAGGAUCCGCAACCACUCUCUUGUCUUUCGCAAAAUUCUCUGCUCCUCUUCCCGCAUUUGUUGGCGAGUGAAGAGGACUACUUUCUCAACACGAAGAGCGAAGAAAAGGCUGUUGCCAUUGGAACUUCUACAAUAGGUGACGCGGCAGGAGCCGGAGAUAGCAGGACUAUCGCGUUCGGAUCAUGGCGCGAGCAGCAGCGGAAGGUGAAUGACUUGCUUUUGGACCAAAUCGGACAAACGCUCAUGCCGGUACAGAACGAGGCGGAAGUGUUUUCAAGAAGUUCCGAUGAAACAAGCCCGACGUCGACGAGGAAGACCUCUGGCAACAAUGCAAAUAUUACUUCGUUUGAUGUCGGAGUAGAUGUUAGGGAGCAGCCAAAAAAAAUGAGCGAAGAAACCGCUCUAAAAGCCUUUUCUUCCGGCCAGCAGGAUACUACAGGUCGUGGGAGCUUUGGUGCUAACCCCUCGUCAUCGCCCCCGGACUCAACACUGUGUAACAAUGAAGAGCAAGAGCAAGAGGAUGAAAGUGCGUUAGCUGAGCUUCGAUCAUCCACAGCAUCCUCCCCUCUUGCUCCGCCAACCGUACUAUCACAAAUCAACCAACUUCGUGCGCGGUGGCCUAGUACAUCAGCACCAACUAUAUUCCCCACCGCAUUUCAGUUCUGGAAGCUGCUGGAAGCUUGUGUGGAUUUGAGAUGGGCAGAGCCGGUGACGGCGGGCGGUAGAACUUCUUCUUCGAUAUCCUGUGCAAAAGCAUCGUACUCGUAGUAAUCGCAGUCAUGCAUUACAAAUUACCAUUUCAACGUAAAACAGCAUGACAAAUUGCAUUUGUCAUUCUGAUCGAAUUUGUGAUGCGAUUUCGACUAGUACGAUGCGCUUGCAAUGCAUAUUCGACGACCGCAAACAAUAAUUUUGUGGAGUUUUACGUUCGGCAGAAUUACGGAAACUUGGAUUUGUUCGACUUACUCAAAAUUCUCGAGGCCGUGGGGGAACUAGGUGGAGGAAGAAGAACCAUGACAAAAAAUGUUCGUGCACGACCACUGGAACAACAAAACGGGAUAAUUAACGAGGAACUUUUACAAGGCAACAGCACGAUGAAUCCGCAAGUGGAAGUAAAAACAUCGGCCGCAACGAUGAAAGUGACAUCAUCAUCAAAUCUUUCAGACCUCAAGUUCCUCCUAGCAACGAAAUUGAACGAGGAGGCGCAUUUGCUGCACACAGUGCACUAUCACAUGUAUGGUCUGGUUCUGGAAGGUGGUAACUUGUGAUGCUGUGUUUGGAUUCCAAAAAAAUCUGUAUUGCGUGACUAGCUAAAGGAGUCCAGUUUGUGCUACACGGGGAGGACAUUUCUCAUGCGGAAUAAGCAUCAGGAAGCCUCCUAAAAUUCUGGGAUGCUAGGGCAUGCAUUACAGGCGUCAUUGGUCAUGCAAAAUAUGCAUGACAAACCUGGCAAUCUUCCAGACCCAGACAUUUUUGCAGUUGAUAUGCACUUGAUCCCGGUCUUGUACUACGCAAAAUUGAUUUUCAGUGAUGAUGAAAUAAGACCAAGACGCGGCAACAGGAACAACUGCAACACAAAUUCAACAACAUCUUCUGGCAGUCAUCAGCCAUCUCCCGUUCUGGAUCUCCAAUUUUUCGACCUUUUGUAUCGUCGAAUCGCAACACAGCUGUUAGGAACGGACUGUAUGACGUCCAGUUCUUUGCUGCUUUCACCGCAAGACGUGCACAAAGCGCAAAUCGUCCACGCAGCGGUCCGGGCGGGGAAGAGCUUGGGGAUAGUAACUACGUUCGAUGAUGAUGAAUCUGGAGAGGACUUGUUGUGUCCUCCUCCGCAUAGUAACUACGUUGACAUCAUCGAACAAUCAUUUCCUGCACAACUAUCCGAUGCGGAAGAGAAGUUCUGCCUUGCGAUGGAAAAACAGUUUCCCGACACCGUGUUCAGUCCGCACUUCGGUGCGCGAAACUAUCUAUGAAUUGCAAAAGUACUUAUCGUUUUACUACUACUAGGUAGAAAUUCAAAUUGCAUUACAGACUUGGUCAGCAUGACAAAUGGAAAUGGAGUUUGUCACGCUGAUUCACCUUGACAAGGAGAUUUGUCAUGAUGCAUCUGUGCAUAUGUAGUACGAAUAUUUGAUACUUUUGCAAUGCAUACUACCAGGUGGUGGACAGAACCUUUUCUACUUUCAACGACACAGGGACGACGACCUGGAGUGCUGGGUUCGAAAACCAAUUGAACCUUCCUCACAGCUCUUCCUGUAGUUCCUCUGCAACAAGUUCAAAUUCGAGAAGCGACGGCUUCAAACCGAGCAACCGCAGAUCUACUACUCCCACCGAAGAAGAGCUCCCGCUCUACCCCUUCAAAAUCACAAAGUUGGUACCAGCAACAGGAAUGGACGGGGGUGACAGUCACGCUAAAAAUAAAGCACAACAGCAAACUAGAACCGGAACUAUUUUCGCCAGAAAUCGUCACAAUCAAAACUACGAAAUAAAAAAUCAAUCCGCCUGCCGCGAGCUGCUUCUCUAUGGGCACACCAGUCGGGGCGUGUUUGGGGUGCUGCGGAACCGAAGGCCGAGGGGCACAGUGGUUUUGGCAGGCAAGCCGGAGAGGAUACGGGUCGGGGCCGGGAGGGCUCGUCCUGCUGGGGGAAAAUAUUUAUCUGGAAGUAGCAAGGAGGACACGAGCUACUACAAUGACGAAGAUCAUUUUGCUGUUCCCUUGCUCACCGGGUCGGCGGCGUUUCGCGAGCGGGUGUUGAGGAUGUACGGAUUUGAAGUGGAAUACAGUGGUGUCAGCAGAAGCAGAGCUGCGGUCCUCGCUGAACAGGAUUCAUCAGCAAGAACAUCCUCGACUUCUGUGCAAAAUAGUAGCGUUGCUGGGGAAGAUCAGGAUCACCUUCCACAGGAGAAGCAACCUGUAGUUGUACCAGCCCGGCCGUCCGGCGACACCGAGGUGGGGAGUGGGGGAGUUGGUCUUACCGCGGGUGGAGGGGUGAUGUGAUAUAUUAGAGAAUAAAGAAGAAGAACUACGUCGGUCGUGCUGUCGACCUGCACGAAAUUAUGGGAAUACAGUGAACGACAACGAUAUUCAUGAAAGUACUCCUCAUAAACAUCAGAUGUAGAUCACGUCGCAAGAAGAAGAACUAGCUCGUCACGUUACUCUCCUCUAACCUGCUGAACUUUUCAGCGCGAGUGCAAGUCAUUUUAACUCGAAAGAAAACUGGAACAUUGCGUAUUUUGAACUUGUCAACGAAAUAAACUCAGCGUGAAGUAGAGAAAAAUGGAAUGAAUGAUCGAAGUGAAAGUAAACAUGAAAUGAUAAUCACGAAAGCACGGCAUGAUCGUCGCAAGAUGUAGAAGAACAAAA